AUGACCAGGGUGAGAGCCCGUGUUUACUGUGAAGACUUUCUGCUCCCAAAGGUGCACAGAACUAUGGCAGACCUGUGGUGGAUUUACUCCAAACCUGUCCCAGCAGAUGGCAGAGAGCUAUGGACCUUGUUUCUGCAGUGUUCCUGCAUUACAGCAGUGAUAGGGAGCCUCUUUUACAACUGGAUGUUUGCUUCCCUGGAGUACUCCUGGCACCUCUCCGUUGCCAUGGCCAUCUCCUUCAGCCUGCUCCUUCUCCUGACUCUCUUUUUGGUGCAUCCUGCCCGUUGUGUCUUCAGCAUGAUCAUGCCCACCUUAGGCACCAAGCAGGGCCGGAAGCUUCUCUUCUCCACCUGCAUCAUGAUUGCAGUGGUGAACAUAACACCCAACAUCAUAAGCAACAUUAAAACCAUACUGCAGGUUAUUCAGUGCAUCUGCAAGAAUUCCUCUGACAGCCUUCUGAACUCAACUGCCCUGCUAGAGAAAGUUUCCUGGGAGUUUGGGGAGGCAAUCCAAGAAGCCACUCAUUCCAUUUAUAAGCCUAUGAAUGGACAUUUUCGCUUUUCAUUGUUUCAGAACAGCUCCUUGAUUUACCAAAAAAUGCACCUUGCUGGUGAGAAAAUUAGCAGAGAGUUCUUGUCUGUUGAGGUACUGGUCAAAGACUCUGUACGAGUAGCCAACAGACUGGCUGCUGGAUUCUUCAUGCUCUAUCUCUGUUUUGAGUCCACCUGGUAUUUGAAAAAUUAUCUCACCAACCUUCGCUUUGACAAUUUUUACAUCACCAAGAAGCUGGAACGUUUAGCCAUGGACAGAAGAGCAGCUCAUCUCCUGGUGGGCUCAUCCAAAAAACUCAUCCGACCAACAGGCUUGAAGCUGUCCAGGGAAGAAGUGGUGCUGUGCCUCGUGCAGGCCAUGCUGGUCACCGUGGCCCUGAUGCUGAUGCUGGUGCUGGUGGCCAUGGACCACUUUGCCUUCAGCGUGGCAGACACGGCUGUGAGAAAGGCAGCUCAGUUCUCUGCAGUGCCCGUCACUCUCAGCAUCAAAUACAAGGCCGAAAUGGGGAUCACGCCCUUUCUAUUCAGACUUUUCUGGCGUCCUUCUGAGGCAUUACUGCUCAGGGACUUCAACAGGACCUACCACCACCACCUGAUCUUCAGCUCUGCCAGCUGCAGGAUCAGCCCCCCCAGGCCCCCCAACCCCUCUGUGCUGCUCGUUGUGGGGCUGCUCUUCUGCAUCCUCUACGGCACCGUGUUCCUGGAAACCUUCGCGCGGCGCCUGUGCCGCGGCAUCGCCGCCUCCUUCUUCCAGGGCUGCGAGGAGGAGAGAGUGCUCCACCUCUACAGGAAACUGGCCAGGAGGCACAGGAGGGAGCAGAACACUCUGAAGGGUGCUUUGGGAAGUCAGGGGGAUGGCUGGAUGGCUGAUACCACAGAACAGGUUUCUGCCACAGGAUCACCCAUUUAGUUUUCCAGAGUUUGGGAAGUGUUUGGAGCUUGGGAAAAAAUACCAAAAAACCCCCAAACAAUCUUUAAAAAUUGAGAAAAAUGGGCUACAUUUCCACUUUAAUAUCUAGAAGAAGGUCUGGAAUGAGCUGUUGCAUAUCUGCAGCACUAGGCAAGGCUAACUGAGAAAUAGACAGGAGUUGGGGUCAGGGAGGAGCUCAUUUACCUUCUCCACCACAUCUGUGCAGGAAGAAGUACAUCCUUUCUUUCUUAAGCUAUACCUUCAGGCAACAAAAAGGGAAAGUCAUUUGACUUGAUUAAUUUCAUUUUCAAUGAGUUUUUCUUUCAGGUUUUGUGCACAGAAACCUGGGUAGACUGGAUAAAUUUGGAAGAUAGUUCAUUCACCAAAGAAAGUGUUACUUCAACCUGCUGAUGUAAAUUCACAAUCAAUAUGACCAUAAGAGGUUCAUCCUGGGCACGGGUGGUGGAAAUCAGUACACAAGGGCUUUACAAAAUCUCUUCAAAAUGGCUGUUCAAAAUAAAAUAUAAAUAAAAUAGCUGCGGGACCUCAGAAGAGAAUGAGAACAGUCAAUAAAGGUCAGUUUGGGUGUCAAUCUCUUUUUCUUUGGUUUUAUAAGUUGGGUUGUUUCAAGCUCAGAAACUAUGUUAUUGUAUCUGAAUUAAAAAAUGCAUCACUUGGGCAGCAUCUGAAAUGUGUUAUUUUUCCUAGGGAGGCAGAUUGGACACCUCUGUAGGAGCCAGAGGAGAGGGGGAUAAAUCCCUGCCAGGUUAAAAACUAAGCAACUUCACAGCUUCAUUUCUUCGAAAAUAUCUAUUAUUUUCCUCCCUUCUUCCAU